AUGAGAUCAAUUGUCUUUUUCUUUUUUAAAUUUCAAGUUAACCGACAUCUAUAUGUGCAUUCGCGAUCUAUCUAUCUAUCUAUCUAUCUAUCUAUCCAUCUAUCUCAAUUUGUUUAUAUCUCUCUAUCUAUCUCUGUUCAUAUCUAUCUAAAUAUCUAUCUGUUUGUUUAUAUCUAUCUCAUUUGUUUAUAUCUAUCUAUCUAUCUAUCUGUCAGCCGGUUGAUUAUCUAUCUAUCUAUCUAUCUAUCUAUCUAUCUAUCUAUCUCAGUUUGUUUAUAUCUAUCUAUCUCGGUUCAUCUCUAUGUUUCUAAAUAUCUAUCUCAGUUUGUUUGUUUCUAUCUAUCUAUCUAUCUAUCUAUCUAUCUAUCUAUCUCUGUUCAUAUCUAUCUAAAUAUCUAUCUGUUUGUUUAUAUCUAUCUAUCUAUCUCAGUUCGUUCGUAUCUAUCUAAAUAUCGAUUUAUCUAUCUCUGUUUGUUUAUAUGUAUCUCAGUUUGUUCCUAUCUAUCUAUCUCAGUUUGUUUAUAUCUAUCUCUGUUCAUCUCUAUGUUUCUAAAUAUCUAUCUCAGUUUGUUUGUUUCUAUCUAUCUAUCUAUCUAUCUAUCUAUCUAUCUAUCUAUCUAUCUAUCUCUGAUUUACCUGGAUUAUAUACCAACGGAUUUAUUACCUGUUCUAUCUAUCUAUCUAUCUAUCUAUCUAUCUAUCUAUCUAUCUCAUCUAUUCACAUCUAUCUAUCUAUCUAUCUAUCUGUCUGUCUGUCUUCAUAUACUUCUAAGUGCCUUUAUAUACUUUCAUCUAUCUAUCUAUCUUCAUAUACUUCUAUCUAUCUAUCUAUCUAUCUAUCUAUCUAUCUAUCUCUUUCUUGAUUCCGACCCUUCUUUUUCUUUUCUCUUAUUGCUCUUUCCUUCCUUCCUUCCUUCCUUCCUUCCUUCCUUCCUUCCUUUCCAUCUUUCGUCGUUCCUUUUCUCGUCCUUCUGUCUACAUUUUACUUCCUUCUCUCAUCCUAUCUAUCUAUCUAUCUAUCUAUCUAUCUAUCUAUCUAUCUAUCUUAAUGUCUGUUCAUAUCUAUCUAUCUAUCUAUCUAUCUAUCUAUCUAUCUAUCUGUCACACUUGCACCGUCAUAAUUUGGCCUCGUCAUCACGUCACUUAAAAGGACCUUUUUGUUUAUCUACCUACCACCGAGUUUCAUUUGUUCACCCCCCCCCGCGCAAAAAAAAGUUUUAA